GAAUGUGUGUGCGUACAAAAGCAGCAGGCGUUGGUUACACAACAAAAACAGAACUUUAACGUCAAAACAUAAAAAAAAAAAUCUCGCGGUGUUUCAUAGUUCAUAGGGAUCCGCGGAACAUUUUUCACGAACAACCUAUAUUAAACAGUGUUCUUUGCCUAAAAUUUGACGAUGCAAUAGUAUCGAAAACAAUACAAUACAAAGAAAGGCUCAACACGCUGCAAAACUCAUUAAAAAUCUAGUCAUACUUAGCUCAAACCAUGAAGAUUCCACUGUUCUUCAAAUCUUUGCUACUCAGCAUCCCGGUCGGGGUAACCUUUUUCGACUGCGUUGGUUACGUUGCCCGUGUCGAAGGUAUUUCCAUGCAACCAUCACUAAAUCCUGACGGAAGCACGGUUACAGAUUAUGUGUUCCUGUCCCGUUGGGCAGUUCGUAACUUGGAAGUACACCGAGGCGAUGUUAUAUCACUGGUUUCGCCAAAGGAUCCCGGUCAGAAAAUUAUAAAACGCAUCGUUGGACUGCAAGGCGAUGUCAUCUCAACGUUAGGCUACAAGCUGCCAUUUGUAAAAGUUCCAGAGGGACAUUGUUGGGUAGAAGGCGAUCACACAGGUAACUCAUUAGAUAGCAACACGUUUGGACCGGUUUCGCUUGGUUUGGUGACAGCCCGAGCAACGCAAAUCGUUUGGCCGCCGUCCCGAUGGCAGGUCCUACAGUCCCAAGUGCCCAAAUCAAGACAACCUAUUUCGUUUGGUAAAUCAGCCUCCGGUAGUAGUACCAACCAAACGUUGCAAGCACAGAAUAAAGAAAUAUGAAAAGAACAUACCUGAAGAGACUUCAAAUUCCGCUGUAUUCAAUACUUCUUAUUUGGCUAAUUUUUGUUCGAAAAAAUGUAUGCUAAAGCAUCUCAAAAUUAGUGGCAAUUUGUGGUGUAUGACCAGAACUGUUGAUCAAAUUUUUGUUUAUAUAUUAUUUUAUCUUGAAUUUUUGGUAUAUUUUUAGAAUAAACAAUUAAAAUUAUAA